AUGAAUCUGCCAGAUCCAAUUCUCGUCUUUGUGGGGUACCCUGGCAGUGGCAAAUCAUUCCUGGCUAAGCAAAUAGAAAAAAAGUCGAAUCACCAAUAUGUGGCCGUAUGCAGAGACGUUCUUGGUAGUUGGCAGAAGUGUGCUGCUGAAGCUACAAAACUUUUAGAGAGAGGAAAAAGUGUAAUCGUGGACAGUACUAACCCAGAUAUCGAGUCGCGGUCUCGCUGGACUUCUCUCGCGAAACAAAUGAAGGUGGAGUGCAGAUGCGCCAAGAUGGCCGCCACGAAGGCGCACGCGCAACACAACAACAAGUUCAGGGAGCUCAUGAAGAUCAACCACGUUCCAGUCAAUGACAUCGUCUUUCAUACUUACAAAAAUAAAUUCACGGAUCCCACGCCAAGUGAAGGCUUCACAGAAAUAAUUGAAGUCAAGUUCAAUCCAUGUUUUGAAGAUCAAGAAGCAGAAAAAAUAUAUAGGAUGUAUUUAUUAGAAAAAUGAGGUAUAGUAAUUUAAACAAUUGUUAUAUUUAAUGAUUCAGCAUUUAUUUUUAUUGCAAAAAGACAUGGGCUUACGACACUUGAUGAUUUGUAACAGCUUUAUUCUAAUUGUUAUUAAUAAAUUUCUUGAAUUAUUAGGCCGACUUUGAAUAAUUCCGUUCUUUA